AUGUCAAAUACUAGUAAAGCACUUUUUUUGACUGGUGGAGUAUUAAGUGGUGUAGGACUUCUUUAUGGCAUAUAUGUAUUUAGUCAACGAUUUGGGAAGACUUCUACAUCGAAUCAAGGCAACAUCGCACCUAAUAAUGUUUCAACAAAUUCUAGUAUAGUUGAUAAAGAAAUCGAGGACGCGACUCGCUUUUAUAUUGACAACAAAGAAAGUCAAAAUCUGCUUAAUUUAUUGUAUUCAAUUGCGGAAGAUCAAGCCCGUAAAGAAGGAUAUAUACAUCGUGGAAUUACAUGCAAUAAUUGCAGCUCAUCACCAAUUAGAGGAAUCCGUUAUAAAUGUGCCAAUUGUGUUGAUUAUGACCUUUGUGAACUUUGUGAAGGGCAAGAAGUUCAUUAUAAAACUCAUACAUUCCUUAAGAUAAGAAUUCCCAUUCCACCUUUAGCCAAUCCACGCUCUGCACUUUUAAAUGUAUUUUAUCCAGGUCGAUAUACCAACUUUGGAGAUCUAGCUCGAGAUAGGCUACGUGAUUUACAGAAGAAAACACACUUUGACCAGGUAGAACUUGAGGCUCUUUACGAUCAAUUCAAGUCCCUGGCUACUGUUAUACGUGGAGAGGGUGGCAUCGAUAAAGGAACAUUUGAGCAAUGUUUGGGUCCUUUAAGUGUAGAACGUAAUUUAGUUACAGAACGUAUUUUCCAAUUUUUUGAUCAGGAUGGAGACAAUAUUAUAAAUUUUAGUGAAUUAGUUGUCGGCUUGUCAGUUCUUUAUGCUUUCAAAGGUUACGACCUUGAUGGCGAUGGUCUUAUAAGUCGGGAUGAGUUACAACAAAUUUUUAAGGCAUAUUUUCAUAUUUCAACAGAAUUAGUUCGAGAUGUUGUAAAGGCGAUGGAAGAAGAGUUAUUAGAAAAUUAUGAAUCCACACCCAGCCAACCUGUGGCGGCGGCUUUUCAUGCCGCAAUUCCUCCCGAAAAUAACAUUCAAUAUAUUAAUCAAAAAUCAAUAACUGAAGAAGAUAAUGAUAUUAUAACAUGGAAUGAAAAAAUACCAGUUGUAGAAUGUUUAGGACAAGAUGCUAUAGAUGAAAUUGUUGACAAGAUUUUUAAAUCAAUUGAUACAAAUACAAAAGGGUAUAUCUCUUAUGAUGAAUUUAAAGAAUAUGUGCAACGAGACGGAACAAUUGUAGCAUGGUUUGAUGUCUUGGGCAGGUAA